AUGCCGGACGACCGCCGGACUGUCUCGGCGCCGCCGCCGUUUCACCGCGCAGGCGGCUACUUGCGGCGUGCCGGCCAUGCCGCCUCGUUCCCGCUCCGCGGCAUCGGCUACUUUUGCCGCCACCGCGAGUUCCACCCGCUCUUCGCCGGCCGCCUGCUGCCGCUCGCCCUCAUUUCCUUCAUCGUCUACCUGAUCCUCUUCACCUUUGCCUUUUUGCCCCAGUUCGCCUUCCUCGCCAUCUUCCACGGCUGGGGCGCGUGGGUCAACGCCGUCGUCCUCGUGCUCGGCGAGGGGCUGGUCGUCACGCAGGGCCUCUUUGAGGGCUUCUUCGUCGACGAGGCCCGCGUCGACGUCUUUGACGCCACCCUCAUCAAGACCGGCUACACCGACCUGGUCGCCCCCCACCGCAUCGUCGACGCCACCGCCCCGACCGCCGUCCGCAUGCUCGGCAAGCCCACCGUGGCCGCCGCCUACCAGCCCUGGAGCAUCGUCCAGAUCGUCGAGCUGAUUGUGUGCCUGCCCCUCAACCUCGUGCCCCUCGUCGGCACGCCCGCCUUCGUCCUCAUCACCGGCUCGCGCCUCGGCCGCCUCUCCCACUACCGCUGGUACAAGCUGCGCGGCCUCACCCGCAAGGAGCGCAACGCCGAGAUCUCGCGGCGCGGCUGGGACUACCUCUGGUUUGGCACCGUCGCCAUGCUGCUCGAGCUCGUGCCCGUGCUGUCCUUCUUCUUCCUGCUGACGUCCGCCGCCGGGUCGGCGCUGUGGGCGGCCGAGCUAGAGGGCCAGCGGCGGCAGGCCGAGGGUCUGGGCGACGGCCGUGUUGUGCCUGGCGCCGGCGAGGGCGACGGGGCCAUUGUCGCUGCAGAAGACGACCCGCCACACUACGAGGACAAUCCCGUUUGA